AAAAGAAACAUAGAAUCCCGUUGUAUUUUCUGUCUACUCUUACUACUACUACUACUACAAUAACUAGAACGGCUACAAGCACUACAAGUAUAAUUAUUAUUAAAAUUUAUGUAAUCAAUCCAUUGGGCUAACCUUCUUUUUUCUCAUUUCAAGAAUUAUAAAAUACAUCAAAAACGUAUCAGGGGCUUUAAAGAAGAAUGCUAUUUUUUUUUUUUUUGGUACGCCUGCGAAUCAAGAGGAAAAGAAGAAGAGAAAGCAAUACUCAGGCUUUUACAGAGAAUGGUUGAUUCUUUGAAGAGCAGAUCUCAUGGAUCAGGUUUUUGCCUCAAUCUGUUCUAGUGAUUCAUCCAAAAUUUCUUCACGCAAUUUAAAGUAUGAAUCAGGUAUCGAGAAAUUAGAAAAAGUGAAUGGAAACGCCCAAGACCUAUUAAAAUUUCUAGGCGAUACACAAGAUAAUAUCUGCUUGGUCAUAAUAGACUUUGCUGGUUUAUCAACAUAUAUAGACGAUUUGAAGAAAUUUGUGAAGUGUUUAUUCGUAGUUUUGUUUGAAGAUUGAACAAAAUAAUUCAUAAAUGUUUUACAAUAUGUAGGAAUUGCAAAAAAUGAAAGGAAAUUAUCAUCAAUAAGCUUUCCUUCGAAAAGAUUAACACUACAUGCAACAAAAAAUAGACUAGUGUUACAGGCAUUUCUUCUAGGUAUUACAUAUGAGGCCGUCCAGUAGAAUAUUCUUUAAUGUAAAGUGCAAAUUUAUCAUAAUUACACUUUUGAUCAAAUGGGCAGCAUAAAAUUAAAAAUACAGCAAUAAAAAUGUUUAUUUAACUCUUGAAAAGAAUAAUACAAUAUGAAAUCUAUGAAUUUGUAUUCUACAUCAAAGAAUAUGAAAAUACUCUGGUUUCUGAGUAGGUUUAACGUGAUGGCACACGUUAAAGAGUGUUGUUGACGACAUCACAGGUAGUA